ACUCUAUUGAACUCCGAAAUGUAAUUAAGGUGACAUGAUAAUUAACGUUCUAUUUAAUCAACUGACCAUGAAAUGUCUAUAAAGUAGUUUUUAAAAGAAGAGUGGCAUCAAUACUUUUGCAUACUGUUAAAUCGAUAAAUCCGUUUAAAACAGCUGAUUACUAACGUGUGGUCAAUGGCGAUAUUUUCGUUAUUCUUGAUAUUGAAAUAUUAAUAAAUGUCUUCUUAUGUGACAAACACAAACUUAACUUGGAACAUUGAUCAUAAAUAUAUAAAUCUGCUCUCUGCUUUGUUAUAUUCAUACAAGAAAAUAUCAAACAACGAUAGAUUGAGCAAAUCACGUUCGAUACUUAUAUUGUAAUCACUAACAAUGUAAACUAAACCAAAACAAACCAAAUUUACAGUUUGUUUAUAUUUUGCCAAUUUUGAAGCUAAAUUGUUUUAUCAGGUGAUUUGUCAAUUAUAUAUAUUCAUAGCCAAUGACUUGGACAUUUGAUCAUAGCUGUUAGUAAUGCGAGUAAUCAAAUGUCGACCGAUAGCAAUUCGAAAUCAUAGCUUCUUUUUGUAUGUCACCGAAUUGUAAAUGGUGAAUUGCCCAGUGGUAACUAUUAUGAAUAUGUUAUUGUAUAUAUUCUCUACAAAAUGCUGAAUUUAAACGAUGAUUGUCUUCUUUACAUUAUAACAUUAUUAAACCAAAAUGAUCAACUGCAAUUAAAACGCGUGUGUAUACGUUUAAAUAACUUAGUAAAUAUUUAUUGGUAUCAUAAAUAUAAAAAAUGGAGUAGAUAUGACACGAAAUAUCAAAAUAAGAAAGCAUUGCUAUGGAUGAUAUAUCAUUUACAUGAUUACAUUGAUGACUUGAAUUUAGGCUGCUUGCAAACGGAUGAUAUGGAUAUUUUGGGAAGUUAUGUAUUUCCUAAUACACAUACACUAAUAGCUGAUGCUGAGAUUGUAGAAACAAAUGCAUUAAAUGUACUUCCUAAAGUAUUUCCAAACUUAAAUAAAAUAAAUUUAGUCGCCAAUAUUAAUAUGAAUGUAAUUGCAAAAAUGAAAUUUUUAACGGAAUUAAAAUUAGAUUACGUUCUAUAUACAGGCGAUUUCAGCUUACAAUCUAUUUUUACCAAUUUAAAGCUACGCAAGUUUAGUUUUGGUUACACAAAAGAUGAACCCCGUGAGCUGUAUAACAAUUUCAAUGAUAUUCAUAGCAUUAUUCAAUGUCAAACGUUAGAGGAGUUUUCCACAAAUGCCGAGUUAUUAAAUAUUAUAGCCGAUAAGCUAUCUGAAUUAAGAAAUCUUAAGUUAAUUGGUUGCUUUAUACAUUCUAACGAUCAUGAAUACGAGCCCAUCUACGACAAGAUCGUUGAAAUAUUUGGUUUGAGAAUACAUACACUGAUUAGCGAUAGUUUUAUAAGUUAUUUUCCUAUGCAAAUUCUAUUAAAAAUGCCAAAUUUAAGAAAAUGGAUUAUGAAGGAUCGUUUUGUGAGUCGAUUCGAUAAAAAUGUUUUAGCAAAGAGCUUAACAAACUUGGAAGAAUUGCUGUUGAUAAAUAUAAAAAAUAUUUUACCAAUAAAUGGCAACAGUUUUGAGAUUUUUGCUGAAGACUAUUCGGAUUUAAAUAUAUUUGAACUUAUUAGUGCUUGUAAAAAGCUGCGAGUGUUGGGUAUACCUAUGGAAUGGCUAAAUAAAGAGUUGAGUUUGACAGAACUUUAUAAUCUCUUACGCGAUAAAGGUGAAAAAGGAUCACGCUUAGAGGUGCAAUUUUUUACGUUCGAAUCAAACGCUGACGUCAAAAAGCAAUUGACGGAAAAUUAUGAAGACCAAAUGAUUAUUACCCAGACGUGUUUUCCGAAAGAAGAAAUUGACCGUUAUUCUUUGCAUUACUUCAGUGAGCGCUUAUUUGAGAUACAGUUCUAAACAUUACAUAAUUAAUUACGUAAAUUACUAUUUUUUAAAUUUAUGUACAGAUGAACGUGUAAAUUUUGUUAUAACUUUUAAACUGAAAAAUAUAUUUAUGGAUGUUUUUGGAAGUUAUUACCAAAGUGUAGAUAUUAAACCUAAACCACUAAGAAUUGUUCUGGAA